AUUAAAAACUUAGAACUUUGUUUUAAUGCACCGACUGUGUCUUUUCCUUUGUGGCUUUCUUUCUUUUAUCCAGCGUGUGUAAUGAUGAGUGAAGAGAAUCCAUUGCCACUUCCUCCAGGGUGGACAAUGGACAGCACCCCGCGAGCUGUAAAGAGGGAGAAACAGUCCAAGAAGGCUCUGUCUAUGGGAGCAUCUCCUUGUUCUGGUGGUGCCCCCUUUGAAUCACCAGACAUGAGCAUGGAGGGUCCAAGCAGCAGGGAAUUUAGUCGAUGGAGGGCAUGCCAUGUGACCACCCAAUCUUCAUCCUCCCUCGGUGAGAGCUUUGAUGGCGAUGGCGAUGGCGAUGAGGAUGGUGCUCACUUGCGAGCUCUUAGUAUGGAGAACAUGAUCGUCCUGGGCAGUCGCAGUAAGAACCAGUUGGCGGUGGCCGAGUCGCCGGGCGCCGACGAGAGCCUGUACGGCGGCGGCGGAGGGCUAAGUUGCGAACGGAAGGAGGUGAAAUGUUCUAUCUGUAGGGAACGUGUUGGGAGAGACGAGGAAGGGGAGCCGUUUGUCCCUUGCGAGUGUGCUUUUAUCAUCUGCAAGCCUUGUUAUGAGUACGUUCGAGAGCAUGAGGGUGGGCGCUGCCCCCAGUGCCAGGAGCCAUACAGAAAGUUGAAGCCACAGAGAGCAGGUCGUUGUGUUGGUAGGGGUGGUGGUAUGGGAGAUGGACACCAAACUUACUCCUCUUCCUUGGCUGGUGAGGACAACAACGUCAGUGGAGCCAAUGAAAAGCGGACACAGACUGCCAGCGGUCUCCGGAGACCGUUGCAGGUUGGCAGCCCUGUCUCUAUCAGCUCUAACGUACAAGAUGCAUAUGUUUCAGAACCAGAGUCGUUGAAGUCACUGGGAGCCAUAGGGAGAUCAACAGCCCCACGUCACCGUAAACUUUGUGCUUCCAAUGAGCAGGAAGAGGAGGAAGAAGAGGAGGAGGGAGAAGAAGUGGGACAGGGACAACGGGAGGAAGGGCAGGAGGAAGAGUCUGCUCUACGUGGUGAUAUGACUGUUGUUCCGCUGAGUAUAAGUGCUUCCCCAUUGAUGCCGGACUCUCUUGCCAAAGUCCUCCUCUCCUUUCAGACGCUAGAUCCUAAUAAAACCAUGCUUGACUAUGGUUAUGGCAGCAUUCACUGGAUAGAGUCUGCGAAAGGCGGCAAAGGUGGUGGUGGGGGAGGUGGUGAUGGUGGUGGUGGUGAUGCUCAUGCAGCCGAGGCGGCCGGAAAGCAUUGUCAUCAAAAGCCCAUUCUUGUUGACGACACCAAACGACCGUUGUCCAGAGUCAUCCCCGUCGCUGCCGCUCUCAUCAAUCCGUACAGGUUCAUGGUUGUUGUGCGCUUCAUCACCCUUGCCUUCUUCCUCCACUACCGGAUUCAGACUCCCAACCCGGAUGCCUAUGUUCUCUGGUUGGCAUCCGUAUCGUGCGAAAUCUGGUUUGGGAUCAGCUGGGUGCUGGACCAGGUUCCAAAAUGGUCGCCGAUCACUCGAGAGACGUACCUGGACCGGCUAAGUCUGAAGUAUGAGAAAGAGGGGGAACCAAACAAGCUGCUACCUGUAGAUGUCUUCGUAUCGACAGCGGACCCUGAAAAGGAGCCUCCUUUGGUGACGGCCAAUGUGGUCCUCUCCGUUCUGGCCAUGGAUUACCCUGUGGACAAGCUUGCCUGUUACCUGUCAGACGAUGGUGCGGCCAUGCUGACAUUUGAGACGCUGACAGAGACAGCAAGCUUUGCGCGAGCCUGGGUUCCAUUCUGUAAGAAGUAUGACAUAGAGCCGAGAGCGCCAGAGGUGUACUUUCAACAGAAAAUAGAUUACACGAAGGGGAAGACGCAGCCAGAUUUCAUCAAGGAAAGAAGACACAUGAAGCGUGCCUAUGACGAGUUCAAGGUCAGGAUCAAUGCGCUUGUAGAGAAGUCGAAGAAUGUGCCCCCCGAUGGAUGGAAAAUGGCGGACGGCUCACCGUGGCCUGGAAAUGUCAGAAAUGACCAUGUGGGGAUGAUUCAGGUCUUCCUUCAGCCCGAUGGAGAUACAAAGGAUAUCAAUGGGGAACCAAUGCCAAGGCUUGUUUAUGUUUCCAGAGAGAAAAGGCCUGGGUACGAUCACAACAAGAAGGCCGGGGCCAUGAAUGCGCUGAUGCGGUCUAGCGCUCUGAUCACCAACGGUCCAUUCAUUUUGAACUUAGACUGCGAUCACUAUGUGCAUAACGCGAGAGCAAUCAGGGAGGCAAUGUGCUUUUUGAUGGACUUCAAGAAUGGAAACCAGGUGUGCUAUGUGCAGUUUCCACAACGGUUUGACGGAGUGGACCGGAAUGACAGGUAUGCUAAUCAUAACGCCGUAUUCUUCGAUAUCAAUAUGAAAGCUUUAGAUGGUUUGCAGGGCCCGAUGUACGUGGGCACAGGGUGUGUUUUUCGCAGGCAGGCACUAUACGGCUUCUGUCCCCCGGAGCGAGCAACUCUGGAAGCUGCAGCUGCAGCAGGAGCAAAGGUGGAAGGGGAUGAGGCAGAGACGGGUGGCGGUGGACGUUGCUGUGGCACCCUCUGCAGCUGCUGCUGCUUGGGAGGAAGCCGCGGUCAGCAAACCACAAAGCGCCAAGAAGCAAAACGGCUCUUAACGGCAGUUAUACCGGGAGACAGGCAGGAUGAGGAGCAGCAACUCGUCCCCACGCAAUGGCAUGCUUCUCGCUUUGGCAUGUGUCCAAACUUUGUGGCAACUGUCGUCGAUGCCGAAGGCGGGGUCCCUGAUGUUGAUCCCUAUCAAGUACUUAGUGAUGUAAUCCUUGUCAUAUCCUGCGGGUACGAGGAUGACACGGAGUGGGGUCGUUCUGUUGGAUGGAUGUAUGGAUCCGUCACCGAAGACAUCGUCACGGGGCUCAUGAUGCAUAUUAAUGGCUGGCAUUCUGUUUAUUGCAUGCCUAAGCGUGCGGCAUUCAAGGGCUCAGCGCCAAUCAAUCUGACGGACCGUCUCGGGCAAGUUCUGCGCUGGGCGACGGGCUCCGUGGAGAUUUUCUUCUCCAAACACAACCCGAUCACCAGACACUACUUCAAGCAGUUAAUGUUGCUUCAGCGGGUAGCCUACAUCAACACCGCUGUGUACCCGUUCACUUCCAUAGCCUUGCUUGUGUACUGCUUUCUGCCUGCGAUUUGCCUUUUCACCAACCAGUUCAUCGUCAAUACGAUAGACGGACUGGCAGUGCUGUGGUUCCUGAUGCUCUUUGUGUCCAUCUUUACGACUUCGAUAUUGGAGAUCCGGUGGAGUGGGGUUGCUAUUGAGGAUUGGUGGAGAAAUGAGCAGUUCUGGGUUAUAGGCGGAACAAGUGCCCACCUUGCGGCCGUCAUUCAAGGAGUCCUCAAGGUCUUGGCAGGAGUGGACACCUCCUUUACCUUGACGCAGAAAGGGAAUGACGAUGAGGAUAAUCCCUAUGCUGAGCUGUAUGCAUUCCGGUGGACGUGGCUCAUGGUCCCUCCCACGGCCAUCAUGACCAUCAACAUCGUUGCCUGUUUCGCCGGCCUCUCAAGGGAGAUGUAUAAGAGUCCUCAGGAGCAGAACUGGGGGCGGUUACUGGGCAUGGUCUUCUUUGCCUUCUGGGUGCUUUCACACCUUUAUCCUUUUGCCAAGGGUCUGAUGGGUAAGAACAACAAGACUCCGACUAUAGUUAUUGUUUGGUCUAUACUGCUGGCCAUUAUACUGUCACUCCUGUGGGUGCGUAUUGUAGCUUAAACCACCAGUACCUACCGGUUGGGCCAGCUGUUAACGCAGAAGCCGAAUC